GCCGGGCUGGGCUGCAGGCGGCGCACGCUGAGCCUGUGCUGAGGAGCCGGCGGGGGACUGUGCUCGGCUGCUAUUGGCUAUUUUUAUAUGUACUUUUAAAGAUGACGCCAAAACAUGAAAAACAAGAAUUUGUUACUGUCUUGGUACGAGACCCAAGAAUACAGAAGGAAGACUCCUGGCAUUCAUAUAUAAACUAUGAGAUAUUCAUUCAUACAAAUAGCAUGUGUUUUACAAGGAAAACAUCAUGUGUUAGACGACGCUUUCGAGAAUUUGUAUGGCUGCGACAGAGGCUUCAGAGUAAUGCUGUGUUAAUACAAUUACCUGAACUUCCAUCUAAAACACCCUUUUUUAAUAUGAAUAACCCUCAGCAUGUAGAUCAUCGUCGGCAGGGCCUUCAAGAAUUUCUUGAGAAGAUCCUACAAAACGCGUUAUUGCUUUCGGACAGUAGGCUUCACCUCUUCUUACAGACUCAGCUAAGCCCAGAAGAUAUCGAGGCUUGUGUGUCUGGACAAACAAAAUAUUCUGUGGCUGAUGCGAUUCUUAAGUUUGCCUCUCUGCAUCGACGUUUUCCUAUUGAAGAUGGAGAGAGGAAAAAAGGAAAAAUUGAUGCAGAUUCUGAUUCAGAGAGUUCAUCCUCGGGGCUUGGACACAGUAGUGAUGACAGCAUUUCACAUGGAUGCAAAGCAAGCCCAGCUUCUGAAGAAUCCUGAAAAAUCAUUUGUAUAUUGCCAUCCUAGUACAGACAGAAUGGCUCAUGUUACGUUUGCUAGUUACAGCCACAUGUAUUUAUGUAAACACAGUUUUGCAAUAACAUGUACCUAAAAAGAUAACUAUUCUUCCUCUGGUUUUUUAACAUACUGUGAUAAUGUUCGUUGGUUGUUUUUUUUAUCAGAGUUGCAUGUUACUUAUCAUAUUUAAGUUUAUACAACCAUUAGAAUCUCAACCAAUAUUAGGAUAGUGAUGCUCUGUGGCAAAAUAUGGCUGAUACAAUAUGUCCCUUGAUUAUAUGUUUUAGAUCUUAAAAAUAAUUAUAUUUUAUUCACUUAGUUUAGAACUAUGUCAAAUUAAAUAUACUCAAAGCACCUUUUGCAGUUUAUAUCAGAGAUGUUUCACUUCAAACAGUCAUUUGACAUUGAUGAAAUUAUACAUGCCACAUGGCAUUAACUUUUUAAGGUAGCAUGGCAGCAUAAGCGAACAAUAACUGUACAAGGGAUAUGCUGUUGACAAUUUGAGAUGGAUAGUGUCUUCCUCUAGUCUUGCUCCAGUGCAUGGAAAACUUGCUUUUAUCACGCACAAGAACUAGAGGCCAAAAGUUUCAAGCACAGUCACUUAAGUCAGGCAUGUAUAUAACAGUGACAUGAUUUUCAGGGGUGUUUGACACCCUCAGUUCACAUGAAAGAUGGUGGGAGUUAUGAAGGUUCACUCCCAGUAAAAGUCAUGGGUGAAAUUUUGUUUUCAUUGAAGUCAAUGGCAGAAUUUCCCAUUGGCUUCUCUGGGGUCAGGGUUUUGCCCUAGGUGGUCAGCUUUUAGGCAGCUGUUUCAAACUAUUAGUGAAGGUUCUCUAUUUAAUGUUUUAAAAGAAGUGCAAUCAUCUCUCCAGUAAGUUGAUAAUCACAUAAUUAUAACAGUACAAAUGCAGACCUCUAUGAAGUCUUUAGUUACAAACUGGAAUAUCUGGAACCACUGAUUUCACCUUUACUAUAGUAAAUGCACUGGAACAUUGAUUUUUUUUUCCACAAAUGAAAGGCAGGGCUGAACACUUGUUAACUACAAACAUUUUGUUUUAACUAAGUAUCUGCUGUGCUCUAUAUGUUCACAGUAACAGAGAGGUAUCACCCUGAGUCUGUCAGUAGAACUUGUUUCAGUGUUUUGUUGUAUUUAUAUUUGUUGUUUUUUAACUACUACUGAAAAUAAGCCACUGGUUUUGAUUCUGUUCCCAAUGAAAUAAUGGCAAAAAUCUCAUUGACUAAAGGGCUUCAGGUUCAGGCCUAAUAUAGAUUUUUGCCUCUGAAGGAUACUUUGGCUAGUAUCAGGGAAGAGAUGUUUUUACCCUGUGCAUUAAAGAAAAAAAAUAAAUGUUAUUAAAUGGUCAACUAAUAAAAGUUAGUGUAGACAUGUAUGGGCCUGUUCUUAAAGUAUCCAGCUGGGAAUCUGUGAAAUUUCAGAAUGUGUGUUUUAAUAGCCUAAGGAUAACAUCACUUAGGUAACUACUUUGAACCACUGUUUUCUGUUGAUGGUAGCACUUUUUUUUAGACCAGUUUUAUUGAAUUGCACAAAUGUAUCUAGUCACCAUCUCUGCUUGGGUGCAGAAAAGCAUUUUCAUGCGGUGAUAACAUUUAAUUAAAGCAACAAGUUAUCACUACAAACUUAACUAGAAGAAAGCUGUUAUUGCUAAUUGGUGACUUUCAUUUGAUUUAACUUUUUCUUGUUUCUUUUACCUCAUCGAUAGACUUGGUAUUUAGCAAAUUUGAGGUAUUUAGCAAAUAGUGAAAAAUAAUGUGAUAUGCAAAAACUGGAAUAAUGUCCUUGGAAAGGGAAUUAGAUACCUUUUUUAUUUUCUUUACUACACUUCUUGCUUGUGUAUGUGUUUUGGGGGGCUGUUUUGUUUUUUAACAUUUAGGUAGAUCAUUUAAUGCACUUUACAUUGUGUACUCUGCUAACUUGUAAUCUAAAUACGUAUCUAAAAUUACAACAAAUUUAAGAGGUGGAGGAAUCCUGUAUCUAUUUUUAAUUCAGGGAGCUUCUCUUUUGUGUAUUAAAGUUUUCAAGGCAGCCUGUGUAUCAGUAAUACUUGGAUGUGUAAUAACUGUAUGUUAUUAGCUUUUAUCUCACUCAAUACACUUCUAUACUAUAAAAUCCGUUCCCUUAUUUUCUUCCUGCUCUUUGUGGAAGUUAAUGAAGAAUGUUGUUCUUUUCAAAGUUGUUGGUAUACCAUAUAUUAGUGAAAUUUUUCAUGUUAAAUGUUAAUGAAGAAUAUUUUCUGUUCCAGUGUUUGCUUAGUAUGUUCCAAAAUAUUGUAAGCAAGUGUUUUAGGAAAUUGUCCUAAAUUUGUGAAAUUUAAUAUAAAAAUUGUAAUUUUGUUUAUGACUUUGAGUUAGUAAUUUUAGUACUAUAUUAAAUAUUGUUUUAAUUUCAAGAAGAAA